CGUCCCCGCCCCACCCCGUCCUCCCGGCCCGACCGGUCGGAUCACUCAGCUCCCAGCACCCGCCCGGGGCCUCCUGGGAAACCCGGGCCGCGCCCGACCCCGGAUCCCGGCCAUGGCGACGCCGUGGGCCUCGGUGGUGCUGGCGCUGAGUCUCCUGGGGGCCGCGCGCGGUGACGACGGUGACUUCGACCUGGCUGACGCCCUGGACGACGCAGAGCCGACCUCGAAUCCCAGCGGAGGCGGUCUCUACCCACGACUCCCAGAGGACCCAAAGCUUCCGGACCCGCCAAGCGGAAACGUGUAUCCGCCGCCCCGGCCCCGCCCCCCGCCGCCCCGGCCCCGCCCACAUCCGGGCGACAGUAACAACAUAGACGGCUUCGUUGCAGGAAGCGGAGGCCACGGGGAUCCCCAAGGCGGAGCCACGCCCUCCGACGACAACUACGGCUCCCGCGUCGCGCGCAUCGCGUCCCCCGUGGUCUCCGCCGUGGUCCUGGCGCUGCUGGGCGCGGGCGUCGGCUUCUUCCGGUCGGGGCGGGGCCAACGCUGCCUGGGACGCGUGGACUCCGCCCCCGUGUGACUCCGCCCAUGCCCGGGACGCGGAUGUCAUUGCUGUGACCCCUGAGACGCUGAAGUGACCCCUCCGAACCCGGAAGUGAACACGCCCAAACCCGGAAGUGACCACACCCAGAACCGGAAGUGACGACACGGAGCCGACGCCCAGUGCUGUGAUUUAUUGAUGUUCUGGGCGGGGCCAGGGAGAAUAAAUAUUCUUCAUACGUG